UUGGAGACUACUGACUGGGAUGUUUUCAGGACUGCCACCACCAGUCUGGAUGAGUACACAGAGACUGUGACUUCUUAUAUCAGUUUCUGUGAGGACUGCUGCAUACCAUCACGCACCAGGGUGAGCUACAACAAUGACAAACCCUGGUUCAGUCCUAAACUCAGACAGCUGAGGCUGCAGAAGGAAGAGGCAUUCAGGAGCGGGGACAGGGACAGGUUUAAGGAGUCAAAGUACAGGUUUAGCAAGGCGGUGAGGGACGCUAAACGGCUGUACUCUGAGAAUCUCAAAAAACAGUUCUCAGCCAACGACUCUGCAUCUGUCUGGAAGGGGCUCAGGCAGAUCACCAACUACAAACCUAAAUCCCCCCACUCUGUCAACGACCUGCGUCUGGCAAACGAGCUGAACGACUUCUAUUGCAGAUUUGAAAGACAAUGGGACAGUCCUAACAUCAACACCAUCCCCCGCCACCACCAGCCCCUGCCCUCCUGCACCCCCAUCCCCACCUCAGCGGGGGCCUGCCCCCACCCUCAACUGCCCACAUUGAAGGACCCCCUUCCGUCAACUACCAUGACUCUCUCCAUCCAGGAGAGGGACGUAUCCAGGGCUCAAGCAGCAGCGGCCAUGACCAGAACUGAUGACUCGGGAGCUGGGCCGAAAGAAAAAGUGGCUGGAGCUUGGUCGACAGGCGGACUGACUGAGGCUGGGCUGCUGGGUGGACUGGCUGGAACAGAGCUGGUGGGCAGACUAGCUGGAACUGGUCCGAUGGGAGCAGACGGGGGGGUAAGGUUGGGUGUCAUGGCCGUCACCAUGGUUGGCCUCACCAGUGGUUGCAAAGCAGCAAUUGGAGGAAAGUGA